AUGGGAAACGGGGUCGGCAAGCUGACCAUCUGUUUCACCGGAACCGACAUCGUCCAACGGCGGAAAGACUUGGCCUUUGUUAUCUCUGACCCACUAGACGAUCUUGGUCACUCUUUUUGCUAUGUAAGACCUGAUCAAUCUUGCAUCUCCUCCUCCAAGGUCCAUUCCGCUGAAGAAACGACAACGUUCCGGUCAAUCUCCGGCGCCUCUGUCUCCGCCAACACAUCCACGCCCCUAUCUACCUCUUUCCUCGAUGUAUACUCUUACAACACCAGUGAUAAGGCUUCCGCCUUCGAAAGCUCCACAUCCUUUGCAUCAAUUCCUCUCCAGCCUUUGCCUAGAAAUUCAAUCAAUUCGGGUCCUUUGCCGUUUGGUCCGGGUGCGUAUUCGGGUCCUAUGGACCGAGGGUUUGUUUCUGGCCCGAUUGAGCGGGGAUUUCAAUCGGGUCCCCUUUUCUCUGGUCCUCUCGAGAAGGGUAAUCUCGAUCAGUUCCAACGAAGCUAUUCCCAUGGGGGUUUUGGUUUCAAACGCAGAUCGAGAAAAGGGAAUUUGAUUCGGGCAAUCCAGAAGGCGAUUUCAAUGACGUUUACAACCCGUGGGCAAAACUCCACUGUCGCUCCGAUCACUAAAAACCUGGGUCAUUUGAAGGAUCAUGAUUGGAAUGUUGGAGCCAGAAUCUCCAGUGGGCGCAAGGCAAAGCAGGAGAAGAUCGAGUGCACGUCGUCGUAUCGGAGGAACAUGGCUGUUCAUAAAGAACUCAAAGGAUUGUUAUGGGAUGAUCAAACAGAUGCAUCGAAUUCAACUUCUUCGGGGCAAUCCUUAGAUACAGUCGACUCUCAUAGUAAUUCUCAACCUCAAAAAAAUUCGUCACCAAGAUAUGUUCAUCAGCAGGAGAGUUACCCAUGUGCAACUGAAGAUCUCGAGACAAAUUCACGAAAAAAGAGGAACAAUAUUAGAAAUCGUGGGGCGGCUAAGAAAUGGGAGGAGAAUCAGAGGCGGUGGAAGUGUGAAUUUGACCGGGAGAGAUUAGAACUUGAUCGAAGAUUACGAGAACACAUGAAUUCAAACGGCUCAAAUUCCAUUAACCAUUCAGACGUUUUGAAAGCUUUAUCUCAAGGCCUAAAGAAAACAGAGGAGGCGUAUUUAGAUAUUGCAGACCAAAUGCUUGAUGAAAAUCCUGAACUAGCUUUAAUGGGCUCUUGUGUUCUUGUCAUGCUAAUGAAAGGAGAAGAUGUUUACGUGAUGAAUGUUGGUGAUAGUCGUGCAGUUUUAGCUCAGAAAUCCGAGCCAGAUAUCUGGAGACAAGAUCUAGAAAAAAUAAAUGAAGAAACAUGGUAUGAUCUUGAAGUUUUUGAUGCUGAUAUCGCCACCACAGAUCCAAGUUUAACUGCUUGUCAACUUAGCAUGGAUCAUAGCACUUCCAUUGAAGAGGAAGUAAAAAGAAUAAAGAGUGAACACCCUGAGGAUGCAUGUGCAGUUAUGAAUGACCGAGUCAAAGGCUCACUAAAGGUCACUCGUGCUUUUGGUGCUGGUUUUCUUAAACAGCCAAAAUGGAACAAUGCAUUACUAGAAAUGUUUAGAAUUGAUUACGUGGGAACCACUCCAUACAUAAAUUGUCUCCCUUAUCUUCACCAUCACAAAUUAGGGCCAAGAGAUAGAUUCUUGAUAUUAUCCUCGGAUGGGCUUUAUCAAUAUUUCACAAACGAGGAAGCUGUGUCUGAAGUCGAGCUUUUCAUUCAAUGGUCACCCGAAGGUGACCCCGCCCAACAUUUGGUAGAAGAAGUUUUGCUACGCGCCGCCAAGAAAGCCGGUUUGGAUUUUCAUGAAUUGUUGGAAAUACCACAAGGCGAUAGAAGGCGUUACCAUGAUGAUGUUUCGAUUAUUGUGAUUUCACUUGAAGGAAGGAUAUGGAGAUCGUGCGUGUAAUCUUCGCGGAUUGUAAACAUAGAAAUUAAGAAAUAAAUCGGUUACGUUG